GAAUAAUUCUUAGCUCUGCUUUAAUGGAGGACACUGCACUUAGAUGACCUAUUUGGAUUUCUUCCAGUCUUAAGAUUCUAUUAUCCUCUGAUUCAUUCUCCAUGGGCUGUUAAGCUUGCACCUUGUACCAGUGCUAAACUAAACUCAUUAGUGAUUAAAGGAUGGGGAAAGUGUUAGGGUUCAGAGAAAAGCCCCUUAUUUUUUAUGUCUUUUUAUUUUGUCUUCUUCAAGGGGUCAGUGCUGUUGGACCUUGUGAUGGCGAGGGAGAAAGUGAGGCGGACACAGCUGCAGUCACUAUCCCAGAGGAAAUAGAGGUGGAUCUGGAGCAGAAACAGCUCACUUACUUCAUUCGCCAUGAGAAUGCAGAGAUCACAGCAGAGAAUUUCCAGAAGACGGUGCAAUUUGGCACUGUUCGGAGACCCUACAUUGAUUCCCUGAUGCGAAUUCUCAAUAGUGUCUUCCUGCCUCGCCUCUUCCACAACACCACUUGGCCGGAGAGCAUCAAGAAUGAAUUCUUCUUGGAAAUAUACCACUUCAUGACCUCUCUUACAGAUACACGUUCCAAAAUGAAGGGCCGCACGGUUCUCUACAUCCCGAUUGAAGCCCUGACGAUGAAGCCCGAAGUGGUGGUAAAAGACAAAGCGCUCGUACAGAGACUGGAAACUUCCAUGAUCCACUGGACGCGCCAGAUCAAGGAGGUGCUGAGGGCACAGGAGGCAGUGGAGAGCAGGGAGAGCACAGGGCCACUGGAAGAGAUUGAGUUCUGGAAGAACCGCUGCACUGAUCUGUCGGAGAUCAGCAAACAGCUCUGUAGGCAGGGGGUGAAGCAUAUAGAGUCCAUCCUGCUGCUUUCCAAGUCCUCCUACGUGGCUCCCUUCCAAAGGCUGGCCAGGCAGAUACAGGAUGGGUCUGAGCAAGCUCAGUCGAACCUCCGAUUCCUUUCCAUCCUGAAAGAGCCAUUCCAAGAGUUGGCCACACUGCGGCCCAAAGACAUCCCUGACAAGCUUCCCCACCUCAUCAGCCUCGUCCGCAUCAUAUGGGUCAACUCACCGUACUACAAUACCAGAGAGAGAAUCACAGCCCUCUUCCGAAAGAUGAGCAAUAAAAUUAUCCAGAUGUGUUGUCGAGACAUUUCCCUGGACCGGAUUUUUGAGGGUUACGUGGUAUCCAGCAGACAGUGUCUCCAUGACUGUAUAUCAUGUGUGAAUGCGUGGAAGGACUGUUACCUGUAUGCAGCUCAGAUGCACAACAGGCUUUCUGGAAAAGGCUGGGUCCUUGACCAGACUAGCAUUUUUGCCCAAGUGGAUGCCUUUGUUCAGCGCUGCAAAGACCUUCUGGAGGUUUGCGACUGCCAGCAGCACUUUGCCCGCUGGGAGGAUGGGAAGCAGACCCCAUUGCCCUGUUUCUUUGGGCACCGAGGUCCCCAGAUGACCCGGAACUUGCUGGAGAUAGAGGAGACUUUUCAGAAGCAUCUGCAUACCCUGCGGAACAUGAAGGGCGAGAUCCUGGAUGUGAAGAACACAUUCUGGCAUGAGGAUUUUAACCGGUUCCGCUCCGGGGUCAAAGACCUGGAGGUGAUGACCCAAAACCUGAUCACUUCAGCCUUUGAGACGGUGAGGGAUGUGGAGCAUGGCGUAGAAAUCCAGGAUAUCUUCCAUCACCUUUCCUCACGAGAGGCCAUCAAGCGCACCUUUGACAAGAAAGCUGUGGAUGUUUACAUGCUGUUCAACAGAGAGCUCUCCCUGGUCAACAAAGAGCUGAGCAAGAAGCUGCCCUUCCUGCCACCACACAUGUGCCAUUACUCGGGUCUGGCUCACUGGAUGCGGGCUCUGCGCCGGCGCAUCGACAGACCCCUAAAGUGUCUUUCCAAUGCUCACUUCCUGCCCCAUAUUGGGACAGGGGAAGAGAGCUUUCAGGCUUAUCAGCUGCUGAUCCAGGCCAUGGAUGAGAUUGAGAGGAAAACAUUCCAGGAAUGGACUCAGACUCUGGACAAAGACAGCCUUAAACGCUUGGACACUCCCCUCCUUAUCCUCAGCACUGAGAAGAGUGGCAUGUUGGACAUUAAUUUUGACAAGGAUUUGCUGAAAUUAUUUGUGGAAAUCCAUUACUGGGAAAGGCUGCUUUUUGAGAUCCCCCACUAUGUAGUGGAAGUUUAUGACAGGAAGGAAGAUCUGCGAAACCUCCGUGAGAAUUUGCUCCUGGUUGCCCGGGACUAUAACAGGAUCAUUGCUAUGCUGUCCCCAGAGGAGAGGGCCUUGUUCAAGGAGCGGAUCCGAUACCUGGACAAGAAGAUCCAGCCCGGCCUGAAGAAGCUGCACUGGUCACUGAAAGGGGCUAGCACUGCCUUCAUUGGUGAGUGCCGACUGCAUGCCAGCAAGGUGCAGACUAUUGUGAAUGAAUUCAAGGCAGCCACCCUUACCAUCGCUCGCAGUGCCCAGCAGAUCAGCGAGGCGCUGCUGGUGCGGAUCACUGGCAAGCGGGUCUAUAACGACCUGGAGUUUGAGGAGGACCAGAAGGAGCACCGUGCUUGGAUGCAGCAGAAACUGAUGGGUAUCCAUGAGGAGGUCAUCACCAUUAUGUGUCAAACCUAUGAAGUCUUCAAACAUGAUAGUGCCGAGGUGCAGCAGUACUGGAUGGCCUACACUGUUAAGAUGAACAGAAUGAUGGAGGAAGCCUUCAGGCUCAAUGUCAAGUGGUCCCUGCUAGAACUCUCCAAGGCCAUCAAUGGGGAUGGCAAGACCACUACUAACCCCCUGUUCAGGGUCAAGGUAAUCCUGCAGGACAACUACCCGGCACCCUCUGCUCAGGUUGAAUUUUCCCCAACUUUGACCCAGCUUGCUAGUAUGGUCAAUGACAUCAGCAGUCACCUAAUUACCAGCAUCUCUGUCUUCCGCCACCUGCCAGAGAUCCUGACCAAACGCAAAUUCCUCCGUGAUCCCAUCUCGAUUCUCGUGGAGCGUGAUGAAGAUAUCAAGAAAAUCCAGGCACUGAUCAGUGGUGGCAUGCAAGCAAAUGCCACACUCCUCCAGGCAUAUCUGAAGACCUGGGAUGUGUACCGUGAGAUCUGGGAGGUCAACAAGGACUCCUUCAUUAACCGUUACCGUCACCUCAACCCACUCGUGUCAUCCUUUGAUGCAGACACGGCUCGGUACAUGGAAGUGGCCAACAAUGUGCAGAAGGAGGAGACAGUGCUGAACAUCCAGUUUGUGUUGCUCGACUGCUCGCAUCUCAAGUUCUCUGUGGUCCAGCACUGCAACGAGUGGCAGAACAAGCUCACCAACCUGCUGAAUGAGAUGGCCAGUUCCCGGCUACAGGAGCUGUUCACCUACCUCCAGGAGAACGCUAAGAACAUCAGCCGGCCUCCACAGACUCUGGAGGAACUGGGCCAAAGCCUGCAGCUCCUUGACACGCUGCAGCAUGAGCUACCAAAGCUAGAGGGGCAGAUCCCGCCCAUUCAUGAGCAGUUUGCCAUCCUGGAGAAAUACGAAGUGGCUGUGGAUGAAGGCGUGCUGCAAACGCUAGGAGCACUCAAUUCCGAAUGGCUGUCCUUUCAGCAGUGCAUCUUGGAGAGCGAUGUCAUGCUAAAGAAACACAAAGAGAAGUUCAAGACAGGCCUAAUCCAUUCUGCGGAUGACUUCAAGAAAAAGGCCCAGGUCCUUCUUCAGGAUUUUGGCACUAAAGGUCCAUUUACCAAUGCUGUGAGCUGUGAGAUGGCCCUUGAGCAGAUUGUGGCGAUGCGGCAGCUGCUGGCCACCAUGAAGGAGGAGGAGAAUACCCUGCGCUCCAACCUGGGCAUCUUCAAAAUUGAGCAGCCAGCUUCCAAAGACCUGCAGAAGCUUGAGAAGGAGCUGGACUACCUGCAGCAGGUGUGGGAGAUCACGAAAGAUUGGGAAGAGAACUGGAACGAGUGGAAGACAGGAAGCUUCAAGACCCUGCAAACUGAAGUGAUGGAAACCAUAGCGUAUGGGCUCUUCCGGAAGCUCAACAAGUUGAGCCGGGAGCUUAAGGAUCGGAACUGGGAGAUUAUCGAGACUUCUAAGGUGAAGAUUGAGCAGUUUAAGAGGACAAUGCCCCUGAUCUCAGACCUCAAGAACCCGGCUUUGAGGGAGAGACAUUGGGAUCAGGUGAAGGACUUAGUCCUCAGGACGUUCGACCAGGAUGCUGAAGAUUUCAGGCUGGAGAAUAUUGUGGAGCUUGGCCUGGAUCAACACGUGGAGAAAAUUAAUGAAAUCUCUGCAUCAGCCACCAAGGAGCUGUCUAUUGAGCUGGCUCUCCAAGUCAUCGCCAAGACCUGGGAUGUCACAUUGCUAGAUAUUGUGCCAUAUAAGGACAAGGGGCACCAUCGACUCAGGGGGACGGACGAGGCGUUCCAGGCACUAGAGGAUAACCAGGUCUCCCUCUCCACUAUGAAGGCCUCGCGCUUUGUCAAGCCCUUUGAGAAGGAGGUAGAUCGAUGGGAGCGCUGCCUCUCGCUCAUCCUGGAGGUGAUAGAGAUGGUGCUGACUGUGCAGAGGCAGUGGAUGUACCUGGAGAACAUCUUCCUGGGAGAAGACAUCCGAAAGCAGCUGCCCCAGGAAUCGGCCUCCUUUGAUCAGAUCAAUACCAGCUGGAAAAUUAUCAUGGACAGACUUAACAAGGAUAACAAUGCUCUGCGUGGGACACAUUACCCAGGCCUCCUGGACAAGUUGGUUGAGAUGAACGGUGCCCUGGAGGAAAUCCAGAAAUCCCUAGACAUGUACCUGGAGACUAAGCGCCACAUCUUCCCCCGCUUCUACUUCCUGUCCAAUGAUGACCUACUGGAGAUCCUGGGCCAGUCGCGCAACCCUGAGGCCGUGCAGCCCCACCUCAAGAAGUGCUUCGAUAACAUUAAGUCCCUCAAAAUCCAGAAGGUGGGAAUGGGCAACAAGUCUGAAGCUGUGGGCAUGUACUCCCUGGAUGGGGAGUACGUGGAAUUUGCCCACUCAGUGCUGCUGGAAGGGCCCGUGGAGGAGUGGCUGUGUGAUGUAGAGCGGGCCAUGCGCUGGACCCUGAAGGAGCUGUUGAGAAACUGCCGCCUUGCCCUGAAAAAGAUGCUGACGAAAAGGGACAAGUGGGUGAAGGAGUGGGCUGGACAGAUGGUGAUCACUGCCAGCCAGAUCCAGUGGACAGCAGACGUCACCAAAUGCCUGGCCAACUGCAAGGAACGAGGGGACAAGAAAUUCCUCAAGGUCAUGAAAAAGAAGCAGGUGUCCUUGCUGAAUAAAUACUCAGAGGCCAUCCGGGGCAGCCUGACCAAGAUCAUGCGCCUGAAAAUCGUUGCUCUGGUGACGGUGGAAAUUCACGCGCGGGAUGUCAUAGAGAAGCUCUACAAGAGCAGCUUGAUGGAUGUGACGGCCUUUGAGUGGCUGAGCCAACUCCGCCUCUACUGGGACAAGGAUCUGGACGAUUGUGUCAUCAGACAAACCAACACCCAGUUCCCCUAUGGCUACGAGUACCUGGGCAACUCUGGACGCUUGGUCAUCACACCACUCACUGACAGGUGCUACAUAACUCUGACCACAGCCCUCCACCUCCACCGCGGAGGGUCUCCCAAAGGCCCUGCUGGCACAGGGAAAACAGAGACUGUGAAAGACCUGGGUAAAGCCCUUGGCAUGUAUGUGAUCGUAGUGAACUGCUCCGAAGGCCUGGACUAUAAAUCCAUGGGGCGCAUGUACUCAGGCCUGGCUCAGACAGGGGCCUGGGGCUGCUUUGAUGAGUUCAACCGCAUCAACAUUGAAGUCCUGUCUGUGGUGGCCCAGCAGAUCCUCUCCAUCCUGUCCGCCUUGGCUGCCAACAUGAGUUCAUUCACAUUUGAGGGCCAUAAGAUCAAGCUGGUGUGGUCCUGUGGCAUCUUUAUCACCAUGAACCCAGGUUAUGCCGGACGGACGGAGCUGCCUGACAACCUCAAGUCCAUGUUCCGCCCCAUCUCCAUGGUGGUGCCUGACUCCACGCUCAUUGCAGAGAUAAUCCUCUUUGGAGAAGGCUUUAACAACUGUAAGCUCCUGGCUAAGAAGGUCUUUACCCUGUAUUCACUGGCGGUGCAGCAGCUGUCCAAGCAGGAUCACUAUGACUUUGGGCUGCGGGCACUGACGUCACUGCUUCGUUAUGCUGGGAAGAAGCGCAGGGUGCAUCCCAACAUCACUGACGAAGAGAUUCUCCUCAUGGCUAUGAAGGACAUGAAUAUCGCCAAGCUUGCCUCGAUCGACGUGCCCCUCUUCAACGGCAUUAUCCAGGACCUCUUCCCGGGCAUCGACUAG